UCCCCUUCUUUCCUCUCUACCGCUCUCUUCUUUCUUUUCCCUCUGCCGUUGAGUACAGAGUAGAGAAAGAGAGAGAGAGAGAGGAUGGCAGGUGAAGAAGAUUGGAGGAAGAUGGCGGAUACGCACAAAAUGAGGCCAGAGGACGUAGAGGCUGCCGGAGUGGAGGCAUCGAAGAGGGCGCCCGGGCAGCAGCCAGGAGGCGUGCUUCACCAACGUCGCGCUUUACCCUUCUCGCCUAUGACCAUGGCCGCCGGCGGAUUCCUCAUAGUGGGUGCCAUCGCUUACUUCACUUUGUAUGCCAAAAAGAAGCCUGAGGCCACAGCAGUGGAUGUGGCCAAGGUCACCGCUGGCGCAGGCGACCCCGAGACCACCCGUCCCCGCAAGUAGCUUUAAUUCCGUUCCAUCAAUUACUCACAUAAAUCUUAUAUUAAACUUUUGAUACCGUUUCUUGAGCCUCUUUCUUUCCUUCUGAUUGUGGUGAUUUCAGUCGAUCUCUUACACUUACCAUCUGUGUGUAUAUGGUGAGAACUGAGAAGUACUAAGUCAAGUUGAGCUUUUGCUCCUUUAACAAGUGUUGUGUUGUUCAAAUAAA